AGUACUCUUCACCAGGCUUCUGCGGCCAAUAUGGCGGCGCAUGCGAGUACUUCAACAAAAUCCAGCCGAAAAAAAAGGAACUCUCUGAUGCAGCUUGAGUAGUAGCAUGUUAGCAAGGUCACUGGAGCUGGAAAAUCGAAAUGCGUUUUUCCCUCGUAAGAAAAGGACGUUUUGCUUUAGUUGAUUUCAGAAGAACGCUCUCUACCCUAAUAUCGUUUGACGAAGUCCAUGUUCGUGACAAGUUCAAAGCUCUAGGAAGCGGCGAUGUUACGGUAACUAAACUGCGGGGAAACCAGCAAGGGGUUGCAGUUAUAACACUCAUGAAUCCCGAGCGUAAAAAUGCUUUGACAGGCUAUAUGAUGGUGAAACUAGCCGAGGCUGUUGACGAACUUGAACAAUGGCAAGAUGGCAAAGCUCUUGUCUUACAUGGUAGUGAAGGAUAUUUUUGUUCGGGAGGUGAUUUAAGUGUUGUUAAGGCGAUCAAUACCCCGGAGGAAGGAAACAUCAUGUGUGCCUUCAUGCAAAGAACGCUUAGUCGGCUGGGAAGGCUUCCCCUUAUCAGCGUGGCUGCAGUUGAAGGGAGAGCAUUAGGCGGAGGGGCUGAGGUGAGUGCAGAAAUUAAUACCAUACAUGCAAGACAUGCCAGAGACAGAGUCAGGGGCGGGGUGCUGUGGUCCACCUACCCUUACCCCAUUUACAAUCCACCCUUUCUUUGAUAGCCCAGAUACCCCUGCCUGCCUUCUUUAACUUGGACACAGACUUUGUAUCUGUGUGAGCGAGUAGCAUUCCUCCAAGUAAAUCUAUCCUUCCUUGAAUGGGCCCAUCAAACAGACCAGGCAACUCCCAUGUAUUUGGGUCACAGUAUUUCCAUAGAUCAUUUUGUUCACAGUUUUCACUGAUAAGCCAUAUCCUUAUUAGCUGCCUCUCAAUCAAUAGCCUGCGUCACAGACGUAAUCUAAACCUGGCAAUAACAUCUGCAAAACAGCACUGAGAUCCUUAUUCUGGAUCCCAAAAGGACAGACUCAACAAAUUACAAAGAGUGGGUUUCGAAUUUCCCUUUAACCUAAUUGGCCUAUCAAACAAUAGCUUCUUUAACGGGCCAAUCAUGGCAUGUAUUCAAAUCCUGUUACACAGUUGGGGGCCCUGAACAAGGAUUUUGGCACUGUCUUGUAGAUGGACUUAACAGGAAGUUAGGUUUUGUCAGUGGUGCCAGCUGCCACUUAGGCAUUACAAGUCAUAGUAAUCAUCCUAUUGUUUUUUCACAUUAUAGCUGGCAGUAGCCUGUGAUUUCCGUCUCAUGUCCAAAACUGCAGAGAUCAGAUUUGUGCAAGUGAAGAUGGGCCUGACACCAGGGUGGGGUGGGGGAACUCGCCUUGUGAGGUUACUAGGGAAACAGCAAGCACUACAGCUACUAGGCAAAGGACAGAAAGUAGACCUGUCAUAUGGACGGCAGUUAGGUCUAGUUGAUGGUGAGCUGCCAACAAACCAGGUCAGACUUUGUUGUGAAGGAACUUUUAAAAGAACUCUAAAUGUCCAAUGUUUUCACUAUUAUAAUUUUUUUAUGUUAGAAGGGUGCACAACGUUUAUUAGGUUGGGAAAUUUGGAAAUUUAAUUUGAGAGUACAGUUUAUUUCUGCCUAAAGGCAGGUACAUACUGUGCUCAGAGUACACUGGUGCCAGUACCUGGGUCUGGACUUCUAAUGAACCUCCUGUAGGUCACGGCAACAUAGAACAUAUUGGGUAGACAAAUUACAGAAUUACAAAUUUAUGUACCCACGGAGCACUUAAGAGUUCUUACGAACUCAUUUGAAUGUGUCCAUGCAUUUCAGAUCGAAUUGGAAUUUGAAAGUGUUGGUUUUUGAGGAGAGGAGAAAACUGGACAUACACUACCCAGAGAAAAACCUCUCAGAGCAAGGGAGAGGACCAACAACACACCUGACCCACAUUAGGCAUUGAUGCUGGGAUUUGAACCCAGUUCUCCCAUUGGUGGGAGGCAAGUGCUCUUCCUACCACACCACCCUCCUCCCCCCUCCCUCCAAAGGUUGAUAACACAAUCACAUGAACACAUAUCUAGUUAUAAGCUUUAUUCUUCUUAGUGAGGUUUACAUCAACAGAAUAGGAGGCCAAGUAGAUAAAAUAAAUCUUUGAAACAAGUAGUUAAGAUUGUUGUCAACAUAGCAGGUUAAGUAAAUCCUAAUAGUUAAUUGGCAGGAGGCAGUCACGUAAGAUCUUUAUAAGGUGACCGAGGAAAUUCACCAACACUGAAGUAGAAAAAAACCCCUCAUGAUUUCUGAGAAACAGAUCGUCUUCUCUAUCGCUGUUACUGGCCACUGUAAACCCAACUGUGAACUGACUGUAAUUUUAUGUGCUGUCUCUUCACUGUCACUGAGCAAGAAGAAGGUUGCCUCUGGAAACUAAAAAGGUGGCUUUCUUUCUCUUUCCUGUUUUUUUUUUCUAGGAUGUAGUGACAAGUUGCUGUGCUUGGUUAUCAGAGUUCCUUGAAGCAGACACCUCUGUUCUUAGAGGAAUCAAGGGCGUGGUUUCUGCUGGAGAUCAUUUAGGAAAUCAAGAUGCACUAGAUAAGGAAAGGCAAGUCCAUUAUUCCCUUGAGUUAUAGCCAGGGUCAAUUGUGGAAACAUGUGUAAACACUCAAAGUGCCAGGCUGUAGCGGUCAUUUAGACAAGGUGGUCGUCACUAGGGAGGGUCAAACUGGAGGGAUCUCUCCCUUGGAACAGGUCUAAUUAUUGUUUUGUGGUUUUGUGGCUUGCUCUGGCAUAUCCUGAUCUUUGCUGUGAUUGGUGUUAACAUAACUAACAUUUGGAUUCCUGAAAUGUUUUGGGUGUUCAUGGUUUUCUUAGUAAAGUUGUCACGUCAUGAAGGCAAGUAACUGAGGAAUCCUAUUGUUCUGAUUGAUGGCUGUUGGAUAUAAAGUGACAACAAUCCCACAAACUUUGCAAUGCUAAAAUAAUGCAAAAUUUUAUCACCAAUACAAGGAAAUAAUUAUGUAUUGUUUAUCAAGUUACCCAUGACAGUCACAUAAAUAAUUAUAAAUAAUGGAGACUUUGCGGCUUUCGACUCCUGACUGGUUUAAAUGAUCAUCUAAAAGAAGGGAGGGGAAGAUACAGUAAGCUGAUUUACAUGUAUGAGGCAAUUCAACCAAUUGAUUCAGAUCCAUUUUCAUUGUUUCACAGGUCAAUUUUUACAUCUGUAUGGGGAGCAGAAGCAAACAAGCAAGCUUUAGAACAAUCCAUGAAACAUAAUUGACAAUAAAACUGUUUUAAUUGUUAAAUUUUAAAUAUUAGACUAAAAUACCUGUAUACACACUACUCUCACUCACAAGGUCACAUGUAUAAACUGCUACAGCAGGAAAUGUUUCUUNAGGCAAUUCAACCAAUUGAUUCAGAUCCAUUUUCAUUGUUUCACAGGUCAAUUUUUACAUCUGUAUGGGGAGCAGAAGCAAACAAGCAAGCUUUAGAACAAUCCAUGAAACAUAAUUGACAAUAAAACUGUUUUAAUUGUUAAAUUUUAAAUAUUAGACUAAAAUACCUGUAUACACACUACUCUCACUCACAAGGUCACAUGUAUAAACUGCUACAGCAGGAAAUGUUUCUUUUUUAAUAAUUAUUACACCCCAUAUUAAGCCAGAUACCCUUGCCCUCUUCUGCUCAGGGAGGUGAUUGGCUUGUAAUAAUGAAGAACUAAGUAUUACAUAA